AUCACAUAGAUCAUACUGCAAAAUGGGCUCUAUCACUCCAAUCGAUAACCUCUUUCACCCCCUGAAGCUAGGGUCUCUUUCCCUCUCUCAUCGCGUCGUACAAGCCCCAUGCACACGGAUGCGCGCUACUCAAGAAUCAGAGGGCGUGUAUGUCCCCAACGCCCUUAUGACCGAAUACUAUAGCCAAAGAGCAUCACCGGGUGGUCUCCAACUCACCGAAGCAACCCCCAUCAGUCGUCAUGCAGCAGGCUACCCUGGUGUUCCUGGAAUAUUCACCCCCUCCCAAAUAAACGCUUGGAAAGAUGUCACCUCCGCCGUCCACGCCAAAGGCGGCCUCAUCGUCUGCCAACUAUGGCACGUCGGACGCGCAACAGUACCGGCCUUUAUCGAGGGCCAAACCCCUCUCUCAUCCAGCGACAUUCCCAUGACCGGGAAUGCACUCACCGGGGAUCCAUACGCGGCUACUCCGCCCCGUGCGAUGACCAUCCCUGAAAUCCAGGAAACUGUGGCAGAGUACGCCGCUGCUGCCACCCGUGCCAUCGAGGCCGGCUUCGAUGGAGUGGAGGUCCACGCUGCGAACGGAUACAUGCUCGACCAGUUUCUGCACGAUAAUGUUAACACUCGUACAGACGAGUACGGAGGAACCGUGGAGAAGAGAGCGAGAAUCGUCAUUGAGGCGAUCAAGGCUGUGUGUGAUGCUGUUGGUGCGGAUAAAGUUGGCGUGCGCUUGUCGCCGUAUAACUAUUUCCAAGAUACGAGGGACUCGAAUCCUCAGGAUAACUGGCAGGUUAUCUGUCAAAUGAUUGCCAGAGAGACCCCUGAGAUUGCAUACGCGCAUAUGAUCGAGCCACGCUUUGAUGAGGUAUUGGACGAGGGGGCCAAGAUGGGUUCGUUGCCUGGUAAGGGCAAGGUCAGUUUGGAUCCGUUCAGAGCCAUCUUCAAGCAGGCUGGAAUUGGGUUCAUUGCGGCUGGGAACUUUGAUGGUGAGGGAGCAAAGCAGAAGGUCGUCGAGGACGGGGCUGAUGCGGUGGCUUUUGGAAGGUGGUUUAUUGCAAACCCCGAUCUGCCUAAGAGAUUGAUGGAAGGUGCACAGUUGAACAAGUAUGAUCGAGCAACAUUCUACGGAGCUGACCCGAAGGAGAAGGGUUAUACGGAUUAUCCGGCAUUGAGUGUAUAA